CAACCCUUCCGCCACCUUGUCUCUCUAUCUCGCGAAAGCCCCGUCCACAGGUUACGUACGUACCCAGAAACGAGAACAUGGCCCAGAGCAGGACCGCUGCCGUCGCGCUGCUCCUGAUCGCCGUCGUGGUGGCGGCCGCGUCGGUGCCGGCGGCGACCGCCUUCGGCUGCUACGACGACUGCUACGAGCGCUGCGCCAACGGCGCCAAGGAGGACCCAGCCUGCACCAAGAUGUGCGGCGAGGCAUGCGGCAUCGGCGGCAAGGCCGCCGGGGCCGCGGGUGCCAAAGCUGGAGGCAGCGCGCCCUCCGCUUGA